GUGUUUCUAGUUAACUUAUUAACCUAUAUCGUCCCAAUUCUCCUAGCAGUAGCCUUCCUCACUCUCAUCGAACGGAAAGUUCUUGGCUACAUACAAUUUCGCAAAGGACCAAACGUUAUUGGACCAUAUGGUAUUCUCCAGCCAUUCGCAGAUGCCGUAAAACUCUUCACAAAAGAACCUCUACGUCCCCUAACCUCAUCAAUUUCUAUAUUCAUCAUUGCACCAGUUCUAGCCCUAACCUUAGCCCUAACAAUCUGAACCCCACUACCCAUACCAUCAACCCUGAUAGACCUUAACCUAGGUCUCCUAUUUAUCCUAGCCUUAUCCGGAUUAUCAGUGUACUCAAUCCUCUGAUCAGGGUGAGCAUCAAACUCUAAAUACGCCCUAAUUGGUGCUCUACGAGCAGUAGCCCAAACAAUCUCUUACGAAGUGACACUAGCGAUUAUCCUUCUAUCCAUUAUACUUAUUAAUGGCUCAUUCACCCUAAAAAAUCUUAUAGUCACCCAAGAAAAUAUAUGACUAAUCAUAACAACAUGACCCUUAGCCAUAAUAUGGUAUAUCUCAACACUAGCCGAAACAAAUCGAGCUCCUUUUGACCUGACAGAAGGAGAGUCUGAACUUGUAUCGGGAUUCAAUGUUGAAUACGCUGCAGGACCCUUCGCUAUAUUUUUCCUAGCAGAAUACGCUAACAUCAUUGCCAUAAACGCAUUAACCACUAUCCUAUUCUUAGGAUCCCCUAUGAACUACAAUUUCCCUUAUAUUAACACAAUACUAUUUAUAAUCAAAACUAUACUUCUUACUGCAGCUUUCCUAUGAAUCCGGGCAUCAUACCCCCGUUUCCGCUAUGAUCAACUAAUAUACCUCCUAUGAAAAAAUUUCUUACCUAUUACACUAGCGCUUUGCCUAUGAUACAUCUCUAUCCCAAUCGCAUUUUCAAGCAUUCCCCCACAACUAUA